UAAUAUACCCAUGAUGCACUUUCGUCCUCAGACGUUUGAACAAGAUGGCGGCAAAAUAUUUUGUUGUGGUUCGAGUAGUUCAUUUGUGAGUCCAAGUUACCUGGUUUUAGGCCAGUCUACACAGAAAACAGAACUUUUUCUGUCAAGAUAACGUCCUUGAGGGCACCAAAGUGUAAUGUCGAAGUUGUGGCAGCACCCCUAUGUGAACGUGUUCAAGCACCUGAACGUGGCAGAAUGGAAGAAAGCCAGCAAGGAAGGGGAGGUGUCCACAAUCAUGGACAAGACCUUGAAGUCCAGCGUGUACAGAGUGACCGGUUCAGUGCCUGCAGGGAACUACAUCCAGCUGCCCAAGACAGCCUCCCAGUCCCUGGGUCUCACAGGGAGGUUCCUGUACAUCCUCUUCAAACCCAUCCCUGGCAAGUACUUCGUGGUGCACCUGGAUGUGGCAACACAGGAUGGUCUUGUUAUCAGGAUAUCCUUUUCCAACCUGUUCCGUGAGUUCAAGUCCACAGCCACCUGGCUACAGUUCCCUUAUGUUUGCCACGCGGCUCGUGGCUCGGUACAGGAGCUGGCGUCCAUCGGUAACCAUGACAACCUGGGCCCCGCCCCAGCCGCCAUGCGGUGGACGGUGCUGAUGCUUGAUCUGCACUAUAUCCUGUCUGUGUACCUGAACCAAAGGUAUGCUUACCUGAAGAGUGUGCGACUCUGUGCAAACCUGUUUGUCAAGAACAUGUUCACCAGUGACAUGGAGUAUGAACCAGGUUUGUCCCUGUCUGAAGCAAAGAAGACAGGUGUGUUAGCACAUGGUGUCACCCCCAUGCCGCGUGAAAUGGCCUUUCCCGUACCUAAGGGAGAGACAUGGCACGACAGGUACGACUUCGUCAGAUUUCCCUCCGCGACCAAGAAGCCUCCAUUUGACUCCAUCCAGAGGGGGGACAAAACAACACAAGUUUCACAGUUUGCGGAACCUGGCACCAUCAGUCCGAAGAGAACAGAACCGAAGGAAGUCCAAACCAGUCGGCCAAUCAGAAAUCCUGUAUCAACAAUCAACCACAUCACCUCUCCCAAGAGGGGACCACACAAGAGGAGACCAAUCACGGCGAGCCUUCCUCCAGUAGGGGUUGCCACAGCAACCAGUUCGGAGUCUUCCAUUGCUGUUCAGCCGGUGGGGGAUGAGGUCCAUGUUUAUGCUCACCCCACAGAUGAAGUUAUUGUACACAGGCAUAAUGAGGAGACAGGAAAGGUAUCGUCGGUCCGAGCGAGUGUUCCGUCCACAGCAGGACCAAUCAGGUCCUCUGUGCCAAAGCAGUCGGCACCCCGUCCCACUGCACCGGUCACCAAGAAGUCUCGCCAUCGCACGUUAAAACCAGACCCCAUCCUGAAGUUGAAAAGGAUUGUGGGUUUUGGAGGCAGCACAACAAGAGAUGCACUGUGGACAGCCAAUGGUCAGGAGAUUGUUUAUCCCUGCCAUGCUGUCAUCGUUGCCAUGGAGACCGACAAUGGGCACCAGAGGUUCCUUAUUGGACACACAGAUAAGGUGUCCGCCCUGAGUUUUGACGGGUACUCCAGACUGCUGGCCUCGGCACAGACAGGUUCCACCGCUGUUGUCAGAGUUUGGCGCUUCCAUAACGGGGAGUGUCUAUCUGUCUUUAAAACACAUGUCCACUCUGCUCACAGUCUUAGUUUCUCCCAAGAUGGUGACGUACUAUGUGGGGUUGGCAAAGAUGGACAUGGCAAAAAUAUGGUGGUGGUGUGGGACACGUCCCGGGUGACCAGGGGAGGGAAUGUGGAUGUCCUGGCUAAGGCACACACAGAUGUGGACAUUAUACAGCUCAGACUGGCUCCCCACGAUCCCACAAGGAUGGUUUCAUGUGGGCGCGACAACAUCCGGUUCUGGCGGCUGAAGCACGGUUCGCUGCGGUCGGCGCCGGUGUCCCUGGGGGAGUACCACUCCAUGGAGUUCACUGACAUCAUGUUCCCUGUCACGGCAGACCGCGAGAGUCACGCUUCGGAACGCAAGCUUGUCUAUGCCAGCACCAGGUCAGGGUACAUAUUUGAGGUGAAUGCUGCAGACAUCUCCAUCCACCACGUACGUAGGUUACUGCCGGUAGACCCUGGGCCGCACCGCGAGAAACCUACCUUUCACUCAGUGGCUGGUGGGAUAGCAGUUAAUGCCAUCUAUGUAAACGAGAGCUUUUGUGUGACUGGAUCAGAUGAUGGCUAUCUCCGUCUCUGGCCGCUAGAUUUCACCAGUGUCUUUUUAGAAGCAGAGCAUGAAGGUCCAGUGACUGCUGUCAGAGCAAGCCAUGAUGGGUUGAAGGUGUUGGCAGGCACAACCACUGGAAACCUGGGCAUUCUUGACAUCCCCACGCGGUCCUACACCACUGUCAUGCGGUCACACACUGACCGCAUCUCAGACAUGAGCCUGGACUUGACCCGGGCACACAUAGCAACGGUAUCAGCUGACCACACCAUCAGGGUUUGGGACAUGACCAAUUUCAAGCAGCUGUAUGACUUCAGUGCACCCAAGGAGUGCCCGUGUGCGGUAGCGUACCACCCCUCCCAGCAGGUUCUCGCCUGUGGGUUUGAGAACGGCUGUGUGAGAGUCUUCAAUGUGUCCAGCACCAGCCUCAUAGCAGAACACAAACAACAUCGUGGGAAGGUUGUAGGGCUGACCUUCUCCCCUAGCGGCUCUUACCUGUACAGCGCUGACUACUUCGGUACCCUGGUCAUGUACAGCACCACUGAGCCUGAUUACGCUAUCAUCAGGGUUCUGGGCAACAUGGUUGCUAGGAGUGAGGCCCACGCCCCCCAUGCCCUGGCCAUGAGUGAAGACAGUCGCCAUCUUGCCUUUGUCGGUCCCUCUGACUUCACUGUGUCAGUAGUAGAUGCAAGAUCUCUGGAUGAGGUUCUGCGAGUGGACAUCACAUCUAUGGAGCCAGACGUUGCCCGGUCAGUUGUGGACCGGGCAGUGAGAGUCCACUUCUCUCCUGCCGCGGCCAGACAGCUACUGGUUGCCACGUCAUCCAAUCGGCUUCUCCGUCUGGAUGCAAGGACAGGCCGGCUGUUAAACGAGGUGUCCAACAUCCACAGGUCCAGCUGCAGUGCCCUGGCAGUCAGUCAGGACUGCAGACACCUGGUGACAGCAGGUGACAAGGUGGUGAAAGUGUGGGACUACCACACGAGGCUGGACAUCAACUUCCAGGUUUUCAUUGGCCACUCUGAGGCUAUCAGUGGUGUAGGUUUCACCCCUGAUGGUGCAGGCCUGGUCACAGUGGGCGAUGCCAUGUUCCUGUGGGACGUCAUGGCAAAUGUGAAGAAACCUGAGGAACCUGGGGGCAGGACUCCAAAGAAGGCUUGGCAUGAGGCAGAUCCUGGUACUGUUGAACCCAUCCAUGAUGUCAGAGACCAGUUGCUAUUGGAUACGAGCUACCAGCCACGCCCAGCACCCAUCCCCACCCGGUACUCCCCACCAAACAUCAGCUCGAUCCUCCCCACCAUGAAUGGAGAGAUGCACACAGAUGAGUUAAGGUCAGACACAGAGUCCGAGAUGGGAGGAACAGAGGUUCUGAUUGGCCCAGAUCUGACAGAUAGAACUGAUGAAGAAACGGACACAGCAACUGAUGCAGAAUUUCCCCAGCCAGAAAGCCUGGGACACAGCCACAGGGUGCAGCCGCACCAGAGGGUGGUUAGUCCUGGGAAGAAGGCUGCAGGGAAGGUGCUAGAUCCCAGGCUGGAGCACAGCACCACCGGUCAUGAUCAGCCUCUGGUUAAAAAACAUUUUGUACCGAGGGAGAAGUCAUCUAAUUUGGCUCAGAGGAGAUACACAGCGCCCCCUAACCAGGCCGGGCUCACACUGCAGGCUGUGAUUGGGUACAAUGGGAACGGCAGGGGGAACAUGGUCUGGAACUCAGACACAGGUGUGUUUGCCUACACCAGUGGCUGUGUGGUGAUCCUGGAGGACCUGAACUCAGGUGAACAGAAGCACCUGACAGGACAUGUGGAGGAGGUGUCCACACUUGCCUUACAGAACGACUGCCAGGUGCUGGUGUCUGCAUCUGGCAGCCGUGGGCUGGUGAAGAGCCAGGUGUGCGUGUGGGACCUGCAGAAGAACACCUGUCGGCAGGUGCUACAUUAUCAUCAACACGACAUCGUCUGCCUGGCCUACUCAAGAGACGACCGAUUCCUGGUCACAGUCGGAGACUACAGGGAGUGCACCAUUGCCUUGUGGAGCACCUUUGACUACUCCCUCCUGACGGCCACCAAAACCUCCCUCCCCAUCCACGACCUGGGCUGGGAUCCCUUCAAUGCAAACGAGUUCACCUCCAUUGGCCAGGCUGGCUCCAUCUUUUUCUGGCUGGUGGACGAAACAAACAACAAAACAGUGCUGAAUGUACAUGAAGCUGAUGUUCCUAAAGAGAUCCUUCAACCACUGUCUGUGGUGCCCACCCCAGUAGACUUCACCGCCCUGUGCUACUCUGCAGACAACAUCCUGUAUGUGGGAGGCAGUAAUGGUGUGGUGUCAGCCUGGGACACCAGACAGAACAUGUGCUUCAUGCACUGGACUGCUGACUCAGGGGAAAUUGGAGUGUUGGUGUGCAAAGCAGCCAGGCUGGUGACAGGCAGUACCUCCCAGCGCCUGAAGCUGUGGGCAGUGGUGGGGGUGGGAGACAUGAGGAUACCUACACAGUUUAACACUACGGAGACCAAAGGGCUGACCAUGGAUGAUGAGAUGGUGCUUGACGGACAGGUCACGUGCGCCGCCUUCGAUGACACCAUGGACCUGGGCAUUGUGGGUACAACAGGAGGAACUCUGUGGUACAUCAACUGGGUGGAGAGGACUAACAUCCGAUUGGUCAGUGGACAUGGCAGCAAGAUCAAUAGCCUUGGGUUCUCCAAUGAUGACUACUUUGCCACCUGUGGUGAGGACGGUAGCCUGCAUGUGUGGUCAGUACAGGACAGGGAGCAGACCCUGCAGUUCCAGGUAGUGGACCAGUCGUGCACGUGUGUGGCAUUCAGCUCGCGGGCCCACCCCCCUCCCACCAGGGUGGGCAGCGACGAUGUGAGCAGUACGUACAUGGUGGCGGGGUACAGCGAUGGGACAGUCCGCAUGUUUGAGCUCGACAGUGUGGAGAUGGUGCUCAAGAUGCAUCCUCACGCUGUGGCCAUCACUGCUGUAACUUUUGCUGCAGAUGGUCGAGCCAUCUUGUCAGGGGCGAGCGAUGGGCUGAUCGCUGUGAGCAGUCCAACCACAGGCAUGACCCUGCGCAUCCUCAACGACCACAAGGGGGCGCCGAUAACAGCGAUGGAUACGAUCUUCAAACAGGACAAGGACUACGGUGUUACUGCUCCCAUCCUGUGGUUAGCCACAUCUGCUGACAGACGGGUUAGUGUAUGGGCUGCUGAUUGGACCAGAGACCUUUGCGAGCUGGUGGAUUGGAUGUCGUUCCCGGCACCAGCAUUCGAUCCCGACGGAAACGUUGUCAGGAAAACUGAUUUGGCUUACUACGCCAGCCUGCCCCCCUCCCUGGCACAGUUUGUCCCAGAUGACCCUGACACUGUGGUGUACACCGGCUACGGCAUGCAGAGGCAGGUGCAAUACUACAGCCUCACACACAGAAAGGUUUUACGGACCAGUGCCCUCACCAACUGGGUCCAGACUAUGGACAUAUCGCCAAAGGGGAACCUGCUCGCAUUCGGUGACAACGAACGGCUGGUGAAACUGAUGGAUUUCCAGGAAGGAAGUUUCCAGGACUUUGUGGCCCACUGUGAUGCAGUUCAUCUUGUCAGGUUCACUCCCUCUGGGAAGCUGCUCUUCACUGUGGCUCACAAUGAGAUCAUGGUGUGGGAGGUAUCACUAUAGAUGGAACAGCCUAUCGUUUUUCUUUAAGAAAUUUUGACAACUUUAUCUAUGUAACGUCUUUAUCAGAUGACAAAACAUAUAUAUAUAUACAUGUAUAUAUUUCAUGCAGUUCACAUUUAGGUCAGCAUUUGCGGCAACUGUUGUCGAAAUGCUGAUAACUCUAGUGCCUUGGGGACCUUCAGGUAUGGACACCUAUCCUAGAGCCAAGUUGGCUAUAAACAAAACACAGUAUCGCCGUUUGAAUGACAGCUUCAGGCCGUUUUAUCGUUAUUGCACCACCAGUUGCCUUAGGCACCAUGCUGCCUACCUGUGAUAAUACAGCACGAUAAAACACAUCUGUCCCAGUUGCAGUAAUCCACUUAAUUGGGUAACAAUUCAAAGUAAAUUAUUUGCAAAUAAAAAAUCUUUUUUAUUUGUCUGUAACUACAAUGGGUUUUGUGUUGUCAAGAACAGAAAGUUUCCUAAACUCUGACCUCCAUGGCAGACUAGCUAUGGGUCACAGGUUGUUUUCAUAUAAUUGCUGUUUUUUGUAAAUUUCUUAUUUAUUUCAUUUUCCCACUAUUAUGUGAUUUCUACAGUAUUGGAAUAAAUACCAUUUGCUCCAAGCUACCUCCAUCAAUUUCUCUUUUUAUGCAAAUACUCCAGCUAAAAGUAACAGGAGCUGAAGCUGUGGCAUUUUGGCGACCUUGUUGUAGCCGAGCAAAUUUUGACAGAACUCUCAAUGAAUUUCCAUGAAAAAAAAAAAACAUUUUUUACGCUUUGUGUGUUUUGUGGUCUUGUUAUGUUUCUACUCGUACGAUUUUGCAUGAUAUUCCCAUUGUAAAGUCAAGGGUAACACCAAUCCAAUUCAUAAAACAGUGUAGUCCAGUGAGAUACUGGAUUUAUUAUACAACUGUAUGGUACAAAGGUUACAGCACACCCCCACUGCCAAAGAUCUAUUCAAUUUGGUAGAUGCUAUAGUCAGCAGGGAAAAGGUUUGAGUAUGGCAAAAACUUGCCAAGUAACAUUCAAUUGGAUUUAUCCAUUGUUGAAGUAUGAUCUGUCAUAUCUUUUUAGGUUCUAAAGUCUUUGUAAUUGUAUCCAUAACUCAUCCAAUAUUGCCAUAGUAAGAGAAUAUGAACUGGCAUGUCUUAUCUUAUUUUAAUCUUUAUUGAGUUGUCACCAGCCACGGUUUUAUUGCCCGUUUGUUACUUGUCAUGGAUUGGGAUCCCAUGCCAAAAUGUCUACUGAAACUGUGUAAGUUUAGGUUGAUAUGUUUCAAAUCAAAAUCUUAUUAGUUUGAAGAAAAAUAUGUUAAAGUUUGGAACUGCCCAGUGAUACAAACAUUCCAAGGUUGUUCGUCUUUAGAUAUACUCAAUAUUGAGUGGUUGUACUUAGGAAUUGUAGGUCUGAUACACUUUUCAAUGUUAAUACUGUGUUGUUGAUUUUAAAUGUCUGUCCAGUAAUAUUUCAUUAAGCCUGGGUGAACUCAACAUUUGUCACAUUCAAUUACUGGUGAAUAUUUACAGUUUAGUUCAGUUUACAUUUCCACAGGUUUUGUCAACAUGUACGAUUGAGUGCCUGUCUUUUGUACAUACUUUGUGAAUAAUUUACCAGCAACAUCUUGUACUUGUAGCAUUUAUAACCCUUAAGAAUCUCAUUUACCCCACCAGAAUGUAGCUUUUAUGGCUGAAAUACAUUUGUGUCUUGUGUGUUCUGCAUUUUGAUUACAUCAUUUGUUAGUUGUAGCGCUUUGUUGGAAUGGAACUAUUUUUAGGACAAAGGUGAUGAUUGACCAGUUUUGUGUAAAAGUAGUUUAUUUUGUGUGAAUGAAUUCAACCGCAAAACAGCAAAUUAUGCAUUAUUUAUCAGAACUCUCUACUGUACACAUUUACAUGAAUAGUUGAUUUUAGCAUUUAAUAACAAAUAAAGGUUUCAUUCCUUUA